GAGGUUCUAUCCGGGGCCUUGGCGCUUCUCUUUCCUUUCGCGCCGGUUGCCGCUGCGGAGUGCGGCGGGUCCAUGUGCGCAGUGAGCGGCGCUAUUCCUGGCCCAGUAGCACCCGAGUCCCGGGUUUGACCGCGUCCGCCCUGCGAUGGACCCGAACACCAUUAUCGAGGCCCUGCGGGGCACCAUGGACCCAGCCCUGCGUGAGGCCGCGGAGCGCCAGCUCAAUGAAGCACACAAGUCUCUGAAUUUUGUUUCAACACUGCUUCAGAUUACUAUGUCGGAACAACUGGAUUUACCUGUGAGACAGGCAGGUGUUAUCUAUUUGAAAAAUAUGGUAACACAGUAUUGGCCUGAUCGGGAAACAGCACCAGGGGAUAUAUCCCCUUAUACUAUUCCAGAAGAAGAUAGACAUUGUAUUCGAGAAAAUAUUGUAGAAGCCAUUAUCCACUCUCCUGAGCUCAUCAGGGUACAGCUUACUACGUGCAUUCAUCAUAUCAUCAAACAUGAUUAUCCAAGUCGCUGGACUGCCAUUGUGGACAAAAUUGGCUUUUAUCUUCAGUCUGAUAACAGUGCAUGUUGGCUAGGCAUUCUUCUUUGCCUCUAUCAGCUUGUGAAAAAUUAUGAGUAUAAGAAACCAGAGGAACGGAGUCCAUUGGUAGCGGCAAUGCAGCAUUUCCUGCCAGUUCUGAAGGACCGAUUUAUUCAGCUUCUUUCUGAUCAAUCUGAUCAGUCUGUCCUCAUCCAGAAACAGAUUUUCAAGAUCUUCUAUGCCCUUGUUCAGUAUACACUACCGCUGGAGCUGAUAAACCAACAGAACCUGACAGAAUGGAUAGAAAUUUUAAAGACUGUUGUGAACAGGGAUGUACCUAAUGCAACACUUCAAGUUGAAGAAGAUGAUAGACCUGAAUUACCAUGGUGGAAAUGUAAGAAGUGGGCUUUACAUAUCUUAGCAAGGCUUUUUGAAAGAUAUGGAAGUCCUGGCAAUGUUUCCAAGGAGUAUAAUGAAUUUGCUGAAGUAUUUCUGAAGGCGUUUGCUGUUGGUGUCCAACAGGUUUUAUUGAAGGUGUUAUAUCAGUACAAGGAGAAGCAAUAUAUGGCUCCUCGAGUUUUACAACAAACCUUAAACUAUAUUAAUCAAGGAGUUUCUCAUGCUCUCACCUGGAAGAAUCUGAAGCCUCAUAUACAAGGCAUUAUCCAAGAUGUUAUUUUCCCAUUGAUGUGCUACACAGAUGCUGAUGAGGAACUUUGGCAAGAAGACCCUUAUGAAUAUAUACGCAUGAAGUUUGAUGUGUUUGAGGAUUUCAUCUCUCCUACCACUGCUGCCCAGACACUUUUGUUUACAGCCUGUAGUAAGAGAAAAGAGGUACUGCAAAAGACUAUGGGAUUUUGCUACCAGAUUCUUACAGAACCAAAUGCCGAUCCUCGAAAAAAAGAUGGAGCCCUGCAUAUGAUUGGCUCUUUAGCUGAAAUACUUUUGAAGAAAAAGAUCUACAAAGAUCAGAUGGAAUACAUGUUGCAGAAUCAUGUAUUUCCUCUCUUCAGCAGUGAACUAGGCUACAUGAGAGCGAGGGCUUGCUGGGUCCUUCACUAUUUUUGUGAAGUAAAGUUCAAAAGUGACCAGAACCUGCGAACAGCCCUAGAGCUGACACGAAGAUGUCUGAUUGAUGAUAGGGAAAUGCCUGUUAAAGUGGAAGCCGCCAUUGCACUUCAAGUGCUAAUCAGCAAUCAAGAGAAAGCUAAAGAAUACAUCACACCAUUCAUUAGACCUGUCAUGCAGGCUCUUCUUCAUAUUAUAAGAGAAACAGAAAAUGAUGAUCUUACCAAUGUAAUUCAGAAAAUGAUCUGCGAGUACAGUGAAGAAGUUACUCCUAUUGCAGUAGAAAUGACACAACAUUUGGCGAUGACAUUUAAUCAAGUAAUCCAGACUGGGCCAGAUGAAGAAGGAAGUGAUGACAAAGCAGUUACUGCUAUGGGAAUCCUGAAUACCAUCGACACACUUCUUAGUGUGGUUGAAGAUCAUAAAGAAAUAACCCAGCAGCUUGAGGGAAUCUGCUUACAGGUCAUUGGAACUGUUUUACAACAGCAUGUCUUAGAAUUCUAUGAGGAGAUUUUCUCUUUAGCACAUAGUUUGACAUGUCAACAAGUGUCACCGCAGAUGUGGCAGCUACUACCUCUGGUAUUUGAGGUUUUUCAGCAAGAUGGCUUUGAUUACUUUACAGAUAUGAUGCCUCUACUUCACAAUUAUGUAACAGUUGAUACAGAUACACUUCUGUCUGAUACCAAGUAUCUUGAAAUGAUAUACAGUAUGUGUAAAAAGGUUCUCACAGGAGUUGCAGGAGAAGAUGCAGAGUGUCAUGCAGCAAAAUUGUUGGAGGUCAUCAUUCUGCAGUGCAAAGGGCGUGGCAUUGACCAGUGUAUUCCCUUGUUCGUGGAAGCAGCUUUAGAGAGACUGACAAGAGAGGUGAAGACAAGUGAACUUCGAACAAUGUGCCUGCAAGUUGCCAUUGCAGCUUUGUAUUAUAAUCCACACCUACUUCUCAACACCUUAGAAAAUCUUCGCUUCCCUAAUAAUGUUGAACCAGUCACAAAUCAUUUUAUUACACAGUGGCUUAAUGAUGUUGAUUGUUUCUUGGGGCUUCACGACAGAAAGAUGUGUGUUCUGGGCCUUUGUGCUCUUAUUGAUAUGGAACAAAUACCACAAGUUUUAAAUCAGGUUUCUGGACAGAUUUUGCCAGCUUUUAUUCUUUUAUUUAAUGGAUUAAAAAGAGCAUAUGCCUGCCACGCAGAACACGAGAAUGACAGUGAAGAUGACGAUGAAGCUGAAGAUGAUGAUGAAACAGAGGAGCUGGGGAGUGAUGAAGAUGAUAUUGAUGAAGAUGGACAAGAAUAUUUGGAGAUUCUGGCUAAGCAAGCGGGUGAAGAUGGAGAUGAUGAAGAUUGGGAAGAAGAUGAUGCUGAAGAAACUGCCCUGGAAGGCUACUCCACAAUCAUUGAUGAUGAAGAUAACCCUGUUGAUGAGUAUCAGAUAUUUAAAGCUAUAUUUCAAACUAUACAAAAUCGUAAUCCUGUGUGGUAUCAGGCUCUGACUCACGGUCUUAAUGAAGAACAGAGAAAACAGUUACAGGAUAUAGCAACUCUAGCCGAUCAAAGAAGAGCAGCCCAUGAAUCCAAAAUGAUUGAGAAGCAUGGAGGAUACAAAUUCAGUGCUCCAGUUGUGCCAAGUUCUUUCAAUUUUGGAGGCCCGGCACCAGGGAUGAAUUGAGUUAUCACUUUCUUUCCUGCAGUGUGAUUGUAGUGAAGAGCUUGUGUUCCUCCUAGUAGUGGUUCCAGAACUGGUUCAUGUUAUCUACUCUAAACUAAUUGAUCAAUAGAUGGACAAAGAAAACCCAGGAGGUGGGACCUGAUCAUGCAACUUGGCACUGAAAAUGAAACGAGAGGGAUUUUGGGGGGAGGGAGUUAAUGUGGGUAUUUUCUUUAUUUUUUGAAGAAAGUAAGAUUCUGACUGAAAGUUCAGGUGACACUGUGGAAAUCUGCAACAAGAGGGGAUGUCAUGAAGGCAGCUUUUCUUUUUCUGAGGAAAAAAUAGGCAUGGGCUACAGGACUAUUUAAAAUGUCUCAUUUACAGUAUAAGCUCAAAGGUAGAUGUAAUUUUUACACCUAUGAGUAUUUGUCCGAUUUCUGUCUCUUCCACACCAUUGGGUAUCUAUUCUUUAUAUGUAAAUAAGAUAAGGUAAUUGAUAGCCUUAUUCAACCUUCAUCAUUUUCAUUCAUCAACGAUGGUUCCUAUGUAGAUUAUUGGACAUUUAUUGUAGCACUACAUAACUGAUUAAAAAAAAUCUGUAAAUGAAUUAGCACUUUCAUAUUGAAACAAGCCUGCUAGCCUAUGUAUAAAAUAGCAAAAUGUUUGCUGUUUAUAAAAAGAUGGGAUGUAAUGGGGCGGGGGGGCGGGGGUAAUUUCAAGUUAUUAAUUUAAAAAUGAACUAGCAGUUUUGUACCUGGUGACUUUGUGGUGCACUCACCUCUGAUAGUGACUUGAAUUCGGUGUGUUAAAAGGGGUUAGUGAUAUUCCAUUGCUGCUAAAAAAUGGCAAUUCCCUCUUUGUCCUGUUUUUUCUUAAAGCUCUCAGUGUACAAGGGAUAUUUGGAUACAAGACCUUACUGUAACAAAUAGGAAAGGUGAUAUUUGAAGCAUGUAAAUUGGAUAUAAAGUUCUACUCUUAAAGAGUUGAUCAAAGAGUAUGGCUAAAAAUCUAUAUAUGCAAUCUAUUAAAAGAACUUAAUUCGGCUAUUA